AUGACCUUAUUGGAAGUUAAUAUCCAACAAAAAAACAUUCGACAACUUGGUUCUGAUGCUGUUAAAUUUAAUCGCAUUGAUCUUAUUGUUGUGAGAAAAAUUAUUGGCUAUAUUCUAAUAUUCCUUAUAGAAUGGAUUCCUACGAUAGUUUAUUUCGUUGCUCAAAUGGCUCUAGUAUGUAUGAAUGUGCAGGAUUGGACGAAUAAAUACGAUUCAUCCGACAAGUCUGGUACUGUUAGAAAUACCAAUACCAAUGAAAGUGGUGCUUUCAUCUUAAAUAGCACUAGUAAAACCAGCAGCAACAAUCAAGAAUUAUAUCCUCAAAUAACAGUUCAUAAUACUAUUACAAUUGAAAAAGAAAAUUUUGCUUCUAGUUCAUCAACUUUGGAUUUACCAAAUCAGGAAC